AUGGCUGCGCGGCGCUGCCCUCGGCAGGAAGAUAAACAGAAGAGAAACUUCACAGCAUUCCGAAAUACGAAACUGAUUCCCAUGGAAACAUCCUCAUCCUCCGAUGACAGUUGUGACAGUUUUGGUUCUGAUAAUUUUGCAAACACAAAAUGCAAGUUGAAGUCUGGUAUUAAAGAAGAACUGGCAAAAAUUUUUCACGAAGCCUCAGAUGAAGAAUCCUUCUGUGGCUUUUCAGAAAAUGAGAUUCAAGGUGCAUUGAGCAACUCACUUGGAUUUAUAUGCUACCAUUCUGAAUGCCCUAUUCCUCUAAAAGUAGCUAUGAAGUUUCCACCUCGAAGAUCGGAGAGGAGGAAGGGUGCGAUGGAAUCUCUUCCUGAAAAGCUGGUGCCUGCUACAGAUUCGGACUCUGACUCUGAAGAAAAGGGCACCAUAUUUUUAGAAAAAAGAGCUUUAAACAUAAAGGAGAACAAAGCAAUGCUUGCAAAACUAAUGGCUGAGUUGCAAAAUGUUUCUGGUAUCUUUGGUGGGAGAAAAUCUUUGCCAACUGUCAGUCAUGGACCAAAGCGACUUCCAAGACGUUCAUUGCCCAGAAGUGCUUUGAGGAGGAAUCCAGACCGAAGUUCUCGGCCUCACACAAGAUCCAGGUCCCUGAUUGAAGGUCCUCCUACUCCUUUACCAGAAGAGGAAGAUGAUGACCAGUACAUCUUAGUGAGAAGGAGGAGGAUGUCUGAUGAAUACCUGGAGCAUGAAGCCCAAACUCCCAGGAGGGGUCACCGUGGUGCCAUGGCUUUUCCACACAUUGUGCGCCCAGUUGAGGAGAUAACAGCGGAAGAGCUGAAUAAUAUUUGUGGAUCUGCAAGAGACAAAGUAUAUAACAGGGCCAUGGGGUCCACGUGUCAUCAGUGUCGCCAGAAAACCUUAGACACAAAGACAAAUUGUCGUAACCCUGAUUGCGUAGGAGUACGGGGCCAAUUCUGUGGGCCAUGCCUCCGCAAUAGGUAUGGGGAAGAUGUCAGAACGGCAUUGCUGGAUCCGACCUGGAGGUGCCCACCAUGCCGAGGAAUCUGCAACUGUAGCUUCUGCAGACAGCGAGAUGGCCGAUGUGCUACAGGUGUCCUGGUCUAUCUGGCCAAGUAUCAUGGCUAUGACAAUGUCCAUGCCUACUUGAAGAGUCUGAAACAAGAACUUGGGAUGGAAGACUGAAGCUGUGACUGCCUUUAAAUUACAUACUCUUUCACCGAUGUCAUAUUACUGCCUACAGUGAAUUGUUUAAUCAAAUGAGAUUACAAAGCCAGUGCCUUCCUUCCUUCCCCUUUGGAGUAAAAAAGGAUAAAGAACUUUCACUUAUCUC